GAUUUUGACAUUUUGUGGAUGCUGCUGGCUGCCGAUUGCCAAUUGAAAGUUUUCAAAUAAAAACAUUUUAUAGACAAAUUUGUAUCAAAGAUCCAAAAGAUCCACGAAAUUUUAAUUAAAAUGUCGUUAAAUGGUGAAAUAGAACGCCUGCAACAAUUGGAAAAGAUGACAUCGCAGCUGCGGGAACAAAUGAAAAAAAUCAGUACUGGAGAAUUUCUCGAGGAAACCGGUGAUGAGGAAUUCAGCAAAUUGCAAGUAGAAAAUAUGAAGCUCAAACAUCGGUUGGCAGUUCUUGAAAAUGCUGUCAUAGCAGAGAAGAAGCACUGCACUGGUGUGUCUGUUCCUGUUCAGGGAAUGAUUUCCAUACAUGAACAUUUGACGAAUUUGUUUACACGUGCAAUUGCAAAAGCAUUUCCCAGCCUGAGCGGAGAUGCCGCAACGGCUGUGAUAAGUGUUUCAGCUAAACAGGGUGACUACCAAUGCAACAGCGCAAUGUCUAUUGCAAAUGCUCUGAAAGCAGCGGGACAGGCAAAGCCACCAAGAGAUAUUGGUGCUGCAAUUGUUGCCAGUUUAGAACCAUCACCUGUUAUAGCUAAGGUUGACGUUGCCGGACCUGGAUUCAUAAAUAUUUUCUUGGACAAAACGUUUGCAGUUAAAGCAAUUGGUGAUUUGCUAAAAAACGGUGUGCAGCCACCUGAAUGCAUUAAAAAGCGUGUUUUGGUUGAUUUCUCAUCGCCCAACAUUGCUAAACAAAUGCACGUUGGACAUUUACGAUCCACAAUUAUUGGAGAAUCAAUUGCUCGUCUCUUGGAAUUUAUUGGUCAUGAUGUAGUGCGACACAAUCAUCUGGGUGAUUGGGGAACCCAAUUCGGUAUGCUCAUUGCACAUUUGGAGGACAGUUUUCCUAGUUUUCACACAGAAAGUCCACCAAUUCACGACCUUCAAGCGUUCUAUAAGGAGUCAAAGAAAAGAUUCGAUGAGGAUGAAGAAUUCAAGAAACGAGCAUAUAGCUGCGUAGUAAAGCUGCAGAGUGGAGAUCCUUUAUCAGUUAGAGCAUGGACAUUAAUCUGUGAUGUUUCCCGAAAAGAGUUUCAAAACAUAUACGACCGUCUAGAUGUGACACUCGAAGAGCGAGGUGAAUCCUUUUAUCAAUCGAGAAUGAUCGAUGUGAUCAAAUUACUAGAAAGCAAAGGUUUCCUCGAAGAGGAUGAAGGUCGAAAGAUUAUGUGGUCAGAUGAAACGAAGACAGGCGUUCCACUUACAGUGAUAAAGACCGAUGGAGGAUUUACCUACGACACAUCCGAUAUGGCUGCAAUUCGGUACCGAUUCGAAGAGGUUAAAGCUGAUUGGGCUAUUUAUGUUGUGGAUGCUGGGCAAAACACACAUUUAACCACAAUCUUCGCCUGCGCUGAACGUGCGAAUAUCAUCGACUUGAAGAAGCACCGAGUGGAUCACGUAAUGUUCGGUGUGGUCCUUGGUGAAGAUGGUAAAAAAUUCAAAACGCGCUCCGGUGAGACAGUGAAACUUUCUGAUCUGCUCGAUGAAGGUCUGCGUAGGGCUCUCGACAAACUAAAAGAAAAGGAACGUGACAAGGUACUCACACCAGAAGAAUUAAAAGCUGCCCAGGAAUCCGUCGCUUAUGGAUGUAUUAAGUAUGCAGAUCUUUGCCACAACCGCACCAAUGCCUAUGUGUUUUCCUUCGACAAAAUGUUGGAAGAUCGAGGAAACACCGCGGUCUAUCUUCUGUAUGCCUUCACCCGCAUUUGCUCAAUCGCUCGCAAUUGUGGUGUAGACUUCUCUAACCUAUCAGAAAUCUUGAAGACAGAAUCGAUAACAGUGGAACACGAAAAGGAAUGGAAACUGGCAAAGGUGCUGCUUAAAUUCCCAGAUGUUAUCCUUAAAAUCACAAAGGAUUUACUCUUGCACACUCUGUGCGAGUAUUGUUAUGAGGUUUGUACCACUUUCUCGGAAUUCUAUGACAAGUGCUAUUGCAUAGAGAAAAAUAAGGAGGGAACCAUAAUUAAAGUGCAUAAAAGCAGGAUACUUUUGUGUGAAGCUACUGCUUCAGUGCUGAGUAAAUGUUUCUACAUUUUGGGCUUGAAACCAGUCCAAAAGAUUUAAACGUCUUGAUUGAUUGUUGUUCCCAACAAAGCAUUUUCGUUUUUUUUUUAUUUUUAUUGAUUUAGUGUUUUUCUGUUUUGGAAUCCCAAUAAAAUACAUUGAUCAUAAAUAAA